AUUGGUCAUAUAUUAAGAUUUCAUGUAUUUUCCACGAUUACAAUGGAUUAGAACACGCUGUUUUUUACACGGCACCCAUAGACAUAACUACAGAUUUACUGUAUUUUGUUAUAAAGUGUCUAAAUACAUUUACGUUACACCUUUUUCUUAAAUUAAAAUGGCAGACGCAACUGCAGAAUCAAAGGCCAAAACGAAGACAAGCAAAAAACCGAAGGAGAAACCAGUCGAACCUCUUCUAAAAAACAGACCUUUCAAAAGGCACGGACGUCUUUAUGCUAAAGCCAUUUUCACUGGUUAUAAACGAGGACUUCGUAAUCAACACGAACAUACGGCUUUGCUCAAAGUUGAUGGAGCAAGGACAAAAUGUGAUUCAGAUUUUUAUGUUGGAAAACGAUGUGUUUACGUGUAUAAGGCCAAAAACAAGACACCUGUUCCUGGUAAAAAAGGUAAAAAAACAAAAGUUAGGGCUAUCUGGGGCAAAGUAACCAGACCUCAUGGAACCAGUGGUUCAGUACGUGCUAAGUUUAAGAAAAAUUUGCCAGCUAAAGCUAUGGGUCACCGUAUCAGAAUUAUGAUGUAUCCCAGCCGGAUAUAAAUUUAUCUUGUAUAAAAUAAAUAAAUACCAUUUUGGUACUAAA